GAGUUGACCUAAACAAGAUCCCUUUCAGCUUUGAUCUUCAAUCUUAUCUAUUGAUUGUCUCACCAACCAUGCUCAGCUCACUGAUAGGAGGACUUCAAAGCUCAUUCGAAAGAACAAACGAUCUCCAUAUUCACAAAAGUCCAACUUAAAGAAACAAGUCGAAUUUCAGUUUAAUUGGAACAAGCAGAGGCUUGAGAGGAAGAAGUUCGAGCUAAAGAAUGGAGCAGGUAGAUGAACCAGUGAAAGAUGAAAGAGAACAACAUGUCUUGGCUAUUGGUUUUAGGAUCAUGCCUGGUGUUUCCCCUGUGGCAUCUAUUUCUCAGUCUCAGCACCAGCCAUUUCCGACCCCUUCACCGUUCUCUUUCUCGGUGGCUUCGACAAGGUGGAGCUCAAGACCUUUGAUACAUCGUCACUCGAAUCUCUUCCUUCGGUUCUCGGUGCUUCUCUUCUCCUUUAUCUCAGCUCUCACACUGGUUACCCCAUCCACGAACAACAAACACCAUCCAUCUCCGAGCUUCACCGAUUACUCAGAAUUGAUAUACUGCUUCAUUGUAGCCAUUAUAGCUUUGGUAUACACAGCUUUCCAAUUGUUUAAAGGCAUUAGUGACAUUGCUCAUAGAGGCAUUCUGAUCUCGGAUUUAACCUCAGACUACCUAAGCUUUGUCCUUGACCAGUUGUUGGUUUACCUUCUCGUCUCAUCUGCUUCGGUAGCAGUGCCAACCAUUGGACAGGUUGAGCGAGGCACAGCACUUAGGAAGGGAACCAUCGUAUCAACCAGCAUGGCCUUUGCAACAUUUCUAGUUAUGGCAAUUUGUGCAAUCUUGUCUGGCUACAAGCUUUGUAAGAGAAUUGGCUGGUGAAUUUGCUGUGUGGUUGCUUCCUUCUGCAAGUAAUUGUUUCAGUGUUUAAAUAAAUAAACUGCAUAAUCUCGUUUGUAUGUAUAUAUUAUUCUCCUACAAAAUUGGUCUUCAUAUAUAAAACAUGGGGACUUAUAUUAUAUGACUGAUUCUUGGUUUCUUAGGUGGUUCGAUUUUCCUGACCUUUGGGUUCAGGUCUCAUAGUCUUAAAAGUAACUCCAAAGUUCACUGUAAGAAAAGAAAACCCAGUUUCUUCACAAAAUUAAAUAAAUAAACCCAGUUUUCGGA